AUGCUCCUGGAACGAACAGCCCUUAGCAAGCAACAUGCAGCAUCUCGAACCACAGCUGAGCUGCAGAUGAAGGAGGAUGCUGACGGCCAACGCCCACUGACGUGCAUGUUUUACUUCUUUGCAUCUCAAAUGAAGCGCAACGUGCAGCCUGCCGACCAGGAUCUCGUUCGGAGAGGGAAAUUGGAGGACAAACCAACUCAUCAGCUGGAUUCCAUGAUUACAAGACUGGGCAUGCAUGCGGCCUUUUCUCCCCUGAUAUCCAAAUUCGAGACGUACCCGGUCCAAAUUCCCGAGACCGACCCAGCUUCCCGCGAGGAAGUUCACGACACAGUCAUGAUCAUGAAGUUUCGGGACAAACGAGCCCGCCAGGAAUGGAUCGCGACCAAACAAUGGCAGGACUUUAUGGAGGAGACAGAAAGCCAGCAAGUUUUCAGGAGGAUGCCUCAUGUUCGAUGUGCCAGUAGCCUCCGGGGUCUAAUGGAUCCAAUAGAUAUUGUGACUGCCUGA